AUGGCAACCAACCGCAACCGCCGUCUGCAGAAGGAGAUCCAGGAUAUUGUCAAGGAUACACACAGCGGCAUCACUAUCACAGCGAAGGACGGCUCACCUGACAUUACCGACUUCACCCAUCUUAGAGGGCACUUCAAGGGCCCACCUGACACACCAUACGAGAAUGGAGCCUACGAGAUCGACAUCCAAAUAACGCCAGAGUAUCCAUUCAAGCCUCCGGAGAUGCGAUUCCUCACCAAGAUCUGGCAUCCGAAUAUUUCUUCGCAGACCGGAGCUAUAUGCCUCGACACACUCAGGGACGCCUGGAGUCCUGUUCUGACACUCAAAUCAGCUCUGAUCAGCGUACAGAGCUUACUCAACAGCCCGGAGCCGAAAGAUCCACAGGACGCAGAAGUAGCGCGCAUGCUCUUGACAAGGCCCGAGGAGUUCAAGCAUGUUGCGAGAGAGUGGGCAGUGCGGUACGCAGGUGCACCGAAGCCUCCUCCAGGAAGCGGGAAGACUAGCGCUGGUGGCUCGGGCGAGGGUGAUGAAGCAGAAAGUGCGGACAAGAAGAAGCUGGACGACAAGGAAAAGAGACGUAUCGAGCGUCAGCGGAGUCGGGAGGCGUACAAAGGCUACAACCCCCUGAUGAUCGAUCAGUUUGUCAACAUGGGAUUUCCGGUCGACCAGGUCGUGGAUGCAUUCGAGUUUGUGGGCAUCGACAAGAACGGCGGCGAGAACUACGAGCUGGAGGAGGAAUACAUAGGAGAUGUUACCUCUCGGCUAUUUGGCGAGUCGUAG